AUGGUGAUUCCAUUUUCAAAUACAAAAUUACGUGUACCACCAGGUUUUCAAAGUCUUUUAGUUGGUUUAUCAACUGAAAUUCUUCGAAGUCAACCAAGAAAUAUUCAUGAUUUUGCUGCUAGUUAUUUUGAAAAACUACUUCAAAGACGAGUUAGAUUUUUUUAUUUUUUCUUUUGUGAAAUAAUAUUAAAUAAUCGAUUAUUUUCUAAAUAUCAAUUAGAAGCAAAGCAAUUAAUUUGA